AUGGCCUCAACAACACUCUCCAAGGCCACUGCAGCCCUUGGUGGAGGCAGCCCCAUAAUUGGGGGAAUUACUUCUCAGAUCUUCAUGUUCGUUGGAGAAAUUACCUUCAGUCAGCACCCACAUCAGUCAGUGAUCCAUGAUACCAUGAUAGUAACUAAGCACUACCAGCAUAUCCUGGCCUUGGCAUUUGCUGUAAAGGAGAUAAACGAAAACCAUCAAGUCUUACCCAAUGCCACCUUGGGCUUCCACAUCUAUGACAGCUACUUCAGUCCAAAAGACAGCUACCGUGCUGCAAUGAAACUUAUCUCGACACAUAACAGAUUCACACCCAACUACAAGUGUGGCAAGAACAACCUAAUAUCAGUCAUUGGAGACCUUUCUCCUGAAAUCUCCCUCCAUAUAUCAACCAUCCUCAGCAUCUACAAAAUACCUCAGUUUACUUAUGGCCCUGCUCCAGUGAUGAAUGAUAAAACCGAAUCAAUUCUCUUCUACCAGAUGGUCCCCAAUGAAAUGUAUGUGUAUAAGGGGAUUAUUCAGUUACUUUUGUAUUUUCGGUGGACAUGGGUGGGUGUUCUUGCCAGAAAUAAUGAAAACGGAGAAAGGUUUGUGCAGACUAUCCACGUACUGUUUUCCCCAAGUGGCAUCUGUCUUGCCUUCUUAAGAAGAACUGAUACAUUUCACAUGAAUCAAGUUUUUGAGAAUCAAGCAUGGUUGGUGGAAACAUACAAGGUUUUUAUGAAGAGUCAUGCCAAUGUAGUGAUAAUCUAUGAAGAGGCUAUACUAUUGCUGAGAUGGUUGCUCUAUCUGCCCCAAAUGGAAUGGGUGACAAUGGAGCCUAAGGGGAAAGUGUGGAUUAUUAAAACCCAGAUGGAGUUCACAUCGUUGAUGUAUCAAAGGAGUUGGGAUAUACAAGACUUGCAUGGUGCUUUGUCCAUCAGCACUCAUUCCACUGAACUAUUGGGAUACCAAAAUUUUCUGCAGACUAGGAACCAUCUCUUGGCCAAAGAAGAUGGCUUUAUCAGGAACUUCUGGGAACAGGCUUUCACCUGUGUAUUUCCAAAUCCAUCGGAUAAUAUAGAAGCUGAGAACAUCUGUACAGGAGUUGAGAAGCUGGAAAGCCUUCCUGGCUUUUUCUUUGAGAUGAGUAUGACUGGGCACAGCUACAAUAUUUACAAAGCUGUCUAUGCUGUGGCCUAUUCUUUACAUGCCCUGUUCUCAUCCAGACUCAAAGACAGAGAAAUGGUCAAUACAAGGAGAGUGAAUCUUCAGGAACUGUCAUGGCAGCUACACCAUUUUUUGAAAAGAGUCUCAUUUAACAACAGCGGUGGGGAUGAGAUCUCUUUUGACAAGAAUGGGGAAGCACUAGCUGGAUUUGAGAUUUUCAACUGGGUCACUUUCCCAAACCAAUCCUUUAAAAGAGUACAAAUUGGAAGGCUGGAUUCUCAGGGGAAAGUAUUCAUCAGUCAUGAUGAAGCCAUCACCUGGCAUAGCACUUUUAACCAGACAUUGCCCAUUUCUGUGUGCACAGACAGCUGCUGCCCUGGUUAUUUCAGGAGAAAACAGGAGGGAAAGGAAUUUUGCUGUUUUGAUUGCAUCCCAUGUCCAGAAGGGAAGAUUUCAAGCCAGAAGGACACAGAUAACUGCUUAAUAUGCCCAGAUGAUCACUAUCCAAGCGUGGAUAAGGAUUCAUGUAUUCCAAAGAAGAUAACCUUCCUAUCGUAUGAAGAACCUCUGGGAACCUGUUUAGCAUUUUUGGCCCUUUCCUUUUCUUUGUUCACAACUUUGGUUCUGGGGACAUUUAAAAAGCAUCAUGACACUCCCAUUGUUAAAGCCAACAACCGGAACCUCAGCUAUGCUCUCCUCAUCUCCCUCCUGCUCUGCUUCCUUUCUGCACUGCUAUUCAUUGGACAUCCUGAGAAGGUGACGUGUCUCUUCCGACAAAGUGCUUUUGCCAUCAUCUUCUCUGUGGCUGUUUCUUGUGUGUUGGCAAAAAGCAUCACAGUGGUUCUGGCUUUUAAGACCACCAAGCCAGGAAGCAGUAUGAGGAAAUGGGUGGGAAAGGAACUGACCAUCUCCAUUGUUCUUUCCUGCUCUUUUAUCCAAGCAGGCAUCUGUACUCUGUGGCUAACCCUCUAUCCUCCUUUCCCAGAUGCUGAUAUGCAUUCAAUGAAUAAAGAAAUUGUCCUGGAAUGUAAUGAAAGAGCAACUAUGUUUUAUUGUGUUCUAGGCUUCAUGGGUUUGCUGGCCAGUGUGAGCUUCACUGUGGCAUUUUUUGCCAGGAAGUUACCUGAUAGUUUCAAUGAAGCCAAACUCAUCACUUUCAGCAUGGUAGUGUUUUGUAGUGUUUGGCUGUCCUUUUUUCCAACAUAUCUGAGCACCAAGGGGAAAUAUACAGUGGCUGUGGAGAUCUUCUCUAUCUUAGCCUCCAGUGCUGGCUUGCUGGUUUGCAUCUUUUGCCCUAAAUGUUACAUUAUUGUGUUGAGGCCAGAGCUGAACAAAAGGGAACAGCUAUGGGGAAAGCACUGCAAAACAUAA